GUUUUUUUUUACUUGUUUUCCAGCCGCACAAAAACAUUGAAUACUUGAAAUUGUUUAAAUGUAGUUGCAAGUCCUAGGGAACACAAUUGGCUAACUUAAAAUGGCUUAUGAAGAGCGCAGCAGUGACGGCAGCAGCUCCAGCGAAGCCCAGGACGUCUACGCGAACAUGAUUGGCGGCAAAACGCCACCGGCCCAGACGCCGGGCAGCACCAUGCCCAAACAUGUACCAUUUCCGGAACACUCCACCACAUCCGAGUGGCUAAGCGGGCUGAUAACGUGAGCCUUUACUAUGGGAGCAGUCAUUGUGCAGUUCAUAAACAUAUAUCGCACAAACUGGUGGCUGUCCCAAAGUCACACAAGGCACAUGGUGAACAUAGAGCUAAUCGAUCCGUAUUUACGAUAUCUGAUACUCAUAGUCAAUACGCGAAGGCUGGUAUACUGUGUUCUGCUGGCCAAAGUGAAGACAAACGAGAAGACGCAACAUAUAAUACGCACGGCCAUCAAGUACACAUUUGGUGGCUUGGUGCAGCUGGGCUUGGGUUUGUGUGCUCUGAAACUGUAUCAGAAGCACAGCUACGUAUUGCUGCUCUUCCUGACCUAUCCAGUGAUCAUCUAUCUGCUCAUCUUUGGCUUCCAACUGGAGCCAUUUCUGCGAACCCGCUUCGAGCUGCCCGGUGUCUACAUAAACGACAUGCCUGUCCACAGCUGCACUACCAACGCCGUACGCAUCGAGGAGAUCGAGACGCUGCGGCACGACUUCAACAAACGGUUCAAACAGCUCAUAUUCACCUCAAUGCUCAAUGCCUACUACAGCGGUCUGGUGCCAUGUUGUCUGGCCGUGAAUGUCAACUACUACGUGAUGCAGGCCGCACAGCAUUGCAUCAUUGUGUGUCUGGGGGCGUUUAGUUUAUGCGCCGCAUACCUGUAUCCCGCCAGGUACAGCGAAAUUUUGCACAGAGCCACCUUGCACUUGGGCUGCUGGCAGCGAAUCGACCGGGACCCGGCGCCAUCGCAACUAAUUGUGGCCGCUAGUGCGUUCGCCUGGUCGAAAUUUACGGCCUACGGUCAUGGCAUUGUGGUUAAGCACAACGGAGGACUCUAUCGCAGCCUGGGACUGGUGACGGUGGCCACACCCGGAAAUGCCAGCCAUGUGCGCUUCUAUGCAGCCAUAUUGCUGGUGGAGAUCGCCUCUCUUAGUCCGGCCACCAUCGAGUGGCACUUUGUGCUGUCCAUCAGCUUUGUGGCAUUCACCAGCAUGGAAGCAUUCUUCAAGCUAGUCCGAGACUAUCUCAUAACCAAGGAUCUGUACAAGGCUGAGCAUGGCAGCACCCCACCCGAACGACCAUUCAAAUUGAGUCUCAGAUUUGAAUUUAUGUAAUAAUAACCAUGACGUAGA